AUGAGUUCACAAGCGGAAGCAUUAAACCAAGCGUCGCAAGCGGCGGUUGCUCACGCGCAAGCUAUGGAAAAACUUGCUGAAGCUUCUGACAUACAGGCAAGAGCUAUAGAUCGUCUAGCAAAUACAUUUACUACUAUGUCAGGUGUGACGCACGAGGUUAGAGAUGCAAUUGUUGACAUUGACGUAUCCUUAAAGAGGUUAUACACAGCGCCCACUUAG